AUGAAUGGGCACCUUAAGAGGACGUUUGACGAAGUGCACAAGGACCCAUGUUGCUCCUCACCCUCAACCUCCUCCUCUGCUACUUUGGGUUCUAGUCCCAGCAACCAAAGCUCACCAGCAACAAAUUUCACAACCUCCAUCCUUAAGAAGUCCAAGAAAAUACAGCGGACCAAUGUGACCUUUGGCCAGGUGACAGUAUUCUCCUUCCCUCGGUGUCAGAGCUUCAUUACGGUUCCCAGUCAAGGAGGCUGCACUCUGGGCAUGAUGCCGCACCACAGCACAUGCCACAGAUACACACUUCCUGAGUUCGUCAUGGAGCAGCAGUCCCAGCGCCGGCAAAAACUCUUGAAUCGACUCAAGGAAGACAAGCUAGAGGCUCUCAAAUGGAAGCUGACUAACAAAGGAACCCAGAAAUGCCAGUUUGCUGAGCAGCUCACAGUCAAUGACAUUCAUGAGAGCUGGGUCAGCAUCAAUGACGUAAACCCGGACGAGGUCUCGUUUCCCCUGGCAUACACACCUAGUCGCCGUUCUGCACUGCUUAAAGCAGCUGGUGUGCAAAACUUAGACAUGGAGGAGGAGACACAGCUGGAGAACCUGAGGAUCUCCAGGCUGAAACGUGGUUGUGACUGUAAGGGCGUCUGCCAACCUGAGACCUGCAGCUGCAGCUUGGCGGGCAUCAAAUGUCACGUCAAACGUUCUGCUUCGAUAUGUGGCUGCACCAUGGACGGCUGUGGGAACACCAAAGGUCGCAUCCACUCCAACCCCAUCAGGGUGCAAGACCACUGCAUGCAGACCCUGCUGAGACUGAAGCUGGAGAAGAGACUGAAAGAGCGUUGCACAGAGAAGAUGGAGGAGGGGGACGAGGAGGACGAGGAGUACGAGGAUGCUGCUGAAGCCCCCCUGUUGCAGACGAUUGAACACGCUCUCAUGAGUGGGCAACUUAAGAGGACAUUCGAGGAGAAGACUGAGGACCCAUGUUACUCCUCACCCAACACUUUGGAUUCCAGCCCCAACAACCCAGCCAUGCCCACCCUUAAAAGGUCCAAGAAGACAUGGCAGACCAGUGUGACCUUUGGUCAGAUGAUGAUGUUCUUCUUCCCUCGCUGUCAGGGCUUCACUGCAGUUCCACGUCAAGGAGGCUGUACCUUGAGCAUGAUGCUGCACCACAGCACACAACGGAUGUACACACUGACUGAGUUUGAUGAGGAGCAGGUUUCGAGCAAAAAUUCUUGA